GUUUGAGAAGUGACGUUCGGUUGGACUUUGCUGUAUAUUUUCAUAUUUUUUCAAGAGACCUAAAGGAUAGCGAGAGAAAUGGGAAAGGAUAGCCCAGUUAUGGGUGACCCUGAUAAGGGGGCCAAGAUCUUCAAGACCAAAUGCCUUCAGUGCCAUGUAAUUGACAACAGUGGCAAGCACAAGCAGGGACCCAACCUGAUGGGCAUGUGGGGCAGGAAAACUGGACAGGCCCCUGGCUUCAAGUACACUGAUGCUAACGUAAACAAAGGUAUCACAUGGAGUCUGGAAACAUUAUGGGUGUACCUUGAGAAUCCAAAAAAGUAUAUCCCCGGCACGAAGAUGGUCUUCGCUGGCCUCAAGAAAACCAAGGAACGAGCAGACCUCAUCGCUUACUUAAAGGAGAAGACAACAGGAAACUACCACAAAGAUGACUAGAUUAAACCUCAUUAAAGGCAUUCAUGGUGUAGAUAACAAGUUUCAUAAUUAAUAAGUUGUAUUGAAAAUAUCUAUGGUCUUAUUCUUCAUUCAUUUAUAUUGCACUGAGACAUAAUGAAUUUUUAACAUAAUAUUAAUAAUCAAUUGUAUUUAUCCAAAAUUUGCAAUGAGAUGAGUAUGGUGUGAACUUUUAUUGUAAAACCUACAAAUUACUUUGAUCAUCAUAUUGUACAGGUGAUGAAGAAAGGGUGGCUACUUUUGAUGGAUGAAAUCGUACCAUGUGAACGUAAACAGAAAACUCAGCAUUUCAUUUCCUCUUCAAUUUUUUAGUGACUCUCUCUACAGUGUCAUUCUUGUCAAACAAAACAAAGCUGAAAUAGGUGCAACAGUAGCAAUAAAAACUUGCCAUCAAACAAUAAAUCUGUAUUGUGAUCGAUACAUUUGAUGUCUUUGAGGAAGAAUGGAAGUCUGUUGACACUUCUCUUGGCCUUUUUACAUGAAAAUUUGUUAUGCAAUGACUUAUUACUGCUAUAGAGUACCAAUGUGUGACGUUAGUUGCCAGUCAUGGCGGGCUGGUUCUAAACACAAGUCCCA